GCAACUUUGCAAUAUUGCAUAGUGCCGUGGCUGCCGUCGCCUAGGGCUUUCACCGCACUAACACUCUCAAGUCCCAAGUCCCAAUUCCCAAAUCGAAGCUGCUCUCCGCCUCUCCGGCAUCCGCCAGUCCGCCGCGCUCUACGUCUCCUGUCGGCUGUGUCCUGCCGUGCUGGUUCAUCGCUGCCGAGUGUAGAAGACGAAGCACCAAGAUCUCACUGAUUCAUCGCUGGUUCAUCACUGCUCAUCUCUGGCUCGCUUAGGGUUUAAAAUUCAACGGUUGCCUUUGCACUUCACCGGAAAAAUUAGCCGCCACCCACCUCUGUCCAGGCAAUCCCUUUGCGCCGCUCCUGAUCUGAUCUUGAAGCCUUGCCUCCAUGGAGAACGAAUGCGCAUAGCGGAAGAGAUCACUUUGUUUGAGGAUUCCUAUCUGUUGGAGUAUAAGGAUUGUCAACAAGGGCAUUGUUUUCAACAAAAAUAAUGGCAGAUUACCAUUUUGUUUACAAGGAUCUGGAAGGUGCCUCGACGCAAUGGGACGAUAUCCAGAGAAAAUUAGGGAACCUUCCUCCCAAACCCCCUGCUUUCAAGCCCCCUUCUUUCACCCCAGCCGAAGACCCCGACUCAAAGCCUAGAGACAGGGCCUGGGUUGAUGACAAGACUGAAGAAGAACUUGAAGACCUUGAAGAUGAUCUUGACGAUGAUCGCUUCCUCCAAGAAUACAGGAAGAAGAGGUUGGCAGAGAUGAGAGAAGCAGCCAAAAUUGCGAGGUUUGGGUCAGUGAUGCCAAUUUCUGGAUCUGAUUUUGUGCGAGAAGUUUCACAAGCACCAGCAGAUGUUUGGGUUGUUGUGGUUCUUUACAAGGACGGACACGCUGAUUGUGAGCUUCUUUUGCAAUGUUUGGAAGAACUGGCUCAAAGAUAUCCGGCAACCAAGUUUGUGAAAAUUAUAUCUACUGACUGCAUUCCUAACUAUCCUGAUCAAAAUAUUCCAACUCUUUUGGUGUACAACAACAGUGCAGUCAAAGCAAACUAUUUGGGUCUCCGUAGCUUUGGUCGGAAAUGCACACCUGAAGGUGUUGCAUUAGUUCUUUGUCAGUCGGAUCCAGUUCUCAAUGAUGGUCAGGGUGGGGGUGAACAGUCUAAGAAAGAUGUUCUUGAUGGAGUCAGGAAGAGUUUUAUAGAGAAGGUUGUGACAGCGCGCGAAGAUGAUGACGGAUCUUCAAGUGAUUAGACUAGGACUUUUUCUCCCUUUUCUUGGACAGAUUAUUUCUUUUUUAUCUCCUUUAGGUUAUCCGUCAACUUAAGGUUUUGGUUUGCAACUAUGGGGAUAUUGUCUGAUAUUUUCCCCAUUAUUAUGCUUUAGUUUAGUUUUGUGGCAGGGUAUUCCAGAUCUUGAUGUGCUUGUUCCAUUUUUUGGCUCUCAUGUACUUUUCAUUCUAGUUGCAAUGAAAAUUUAUUUUGUUUGUGGUGCUGUUUUAAA